UGUUGUUUUGUGCGUACAUGAGCGUGUCUUUUCACCGAUAAAAAAAGUCAAAUGUCAUCCGACUUUUUGCUAGCUAUACACUGUGCAAUUAAAUUGCUUCGAAAGUGGGACACCAUCAAGAAAAGCCGAAAAAUUUGAAAAGAAUGGCAAUUCGAUGUGGUCUAUGUUCAAAUGUGAUGGUUUCGGAACAUUUUUUCAGUCAUCGAAAGCGUAAGCAUCCACAUGAAUUGAAUGUACCGUUCACAGCAGUAUCCGAUGACAUCAUUAAAUCGAAACAAGUAGAAAAUGUUAAAUAUGUAAGAUGUCGAUUUUGUCCGAACGACGUGCCCGUUAAGUCAUUAGAAAAGCAUCUCGAACGAUGCCACAUCGAUUGCGGUGUUUGUGGUAAAACAUUGCUUAAAUCAAAAUUAGAUCAACAUAUGCGAAAACAUAACAAAAAACAAAAUCAAAUGAAUACGUCAAGCCCAAUCAAGGCAGACGUUGAAAAUUUGGCAUCAGAAAUGAAUGCAAUGGCAAUGCUUGAUAAUCCAUCACCAAUUCGACCAUCACCAUCAUCGACACCGUCAUCGCCAUUACGGACCAAAACACCAUCGCCAAAUAGAAAAUCUAAUAUUGUUCGGUGUAACGAAUGGCAGCUACACAAUUACAUUCGACAAGGUCGUGUUUAUACCAAGAAUGGUUGCUUGUAUUUACGAAACAUAUGAGAGUUUUUAUUUGGAUUUUAUUUUUACCAAAUUAAUUUUUGUUCAACCAAAAGAGAUUCUCUUGCGGUUUUUUAAAUAAAAACAAAGUUUUAACAUUUCAACAACUCUUUUAAAUUAAAAAAAAAAAAACAACAUAACGAUAUCAU